AUGGGUCGACCAUCGCCCGGCCUGGCUGACGGAUCAGAGGCCGUGUUCGACAAUCUGGAGGCUACGGUGCCGUGGCGUUCCGAACGGCGUCAGAUGUACGACCGCGUUGUCGACGUCCCUCGUCUGGUGUGUUUCUACGCAGAGAAUCAACCACUGCCGGACGCGCUUCUCACCGAAGCCAAAGACGCGCUGAGCAGUCACUGCCGACGAACUCCGGUGAACCAUUCGCCACGUCGGGUCUGUGUUUCUAUCGCGACGGUUCCGACAGCGUUGCCUGGCACGGGGACGACACGGGACGAAGUCGCACCGAGGACACGAUGGUGGCCAUCCUGUCUCUCGGUGCGGCUCGCCCGCUCCUAUUGCGCCCUCGUGGGGGCGGCGAAUCCAUCCUUCAAUCUCGGACACGGAGAUCUACUCGUCAUGGGCGGAUCCUGCCAACGCACGUGGGAACACUGUGUCCCGAAGAGUGGCGGGCCCUCAGGCCGAGAAUCAGCGUUCAAUUCCGCACUCGCGGAGUUAGAUAGCGUCGCGGGUUCGUCUCGCAGCGCCUUCCCAUUGAGCUUGCCGACGGCCGUCUUCGGUAUGGAUUCUGCGGAAAACAACCCGACGAGGCUUCUUGUACGACGCCAGUCGCUCGCCGACGUGCGCGACCAA